GGCUUGGUGAACAUCAGCAUGCAGCAGCAGGUCAUUUCGACUUUUGCCGGCCCACGCACACGCCAGCUCAUCAUGCGCACCCUGAGUCAAUGCCUCCCGCCUCUCCAAGAGGGCUGCACCCGCAUCUACCUCUGCCGCCACGGCGAGACCGACUACAACGUCGCCGGUAUCCUCCAAGGCCGCGGUGUCAACAUGCGCCUCAACAAGAACGGGCACAAGCAGGCGCAGCAGCUCGCGCGGUCCUUCAAGGACAUUCCGUUGGACGCCGUGUACAGCAGUGCCCUCGCCCGCGCCAAGGAGACCGCCGCCUGCAUCCAGCACGCCCACCCGACGACCAAGACGGGCGCAUUCGUCGACCUCGAAGAGAUGAGCUUUGGCACGCUCGAGGGCACACCCCGUACGCAAAACGCAGUCUUCCUCCAGGAGAUCUACGCCAAGUGGCGCCGUGGUAUCCUCGACGCCAACGCGCGCUUCCCAUCGGGCGAGUGCCCGCUCGACGUCAAGAAGCGCGGUGUUGCCAUGCUGCACGAGCUCGCGGCCGGCAGCGACGACGAUCACAUUGCGUUCGUGUGCCAUGGCCGCUUCAACAAGAUCAUUCUCGCCGAGCUCUUGAGCAUCCCAGUCGAGAACCCACCGAUUCCGCAGGACAAUACAUGUGUCAACGUGCUCGACUACAACCGUGUGAAGGGAACGUACACGGCGGUCGUGAUCAACCACACGACGCACCUCGUCGACCGCCCGUAAAGCCAUCUCUGUACCCUAAUAUUAUAUCAAUGUAAGUUAACAUCUCGUGUACCCA